AAUGGCGCCGGUGUUACACAACGGGCAGGACGUCUGAUCUGAGCCGCGCCAUGACGAUGACGGCACCUGACAGGUGUGUCGCGCAGCAGCACUUCCGGUUGGAACUUCGCUCAGCAGAUUUGUCUUUUUUUCACGCCAUGGCUGCAGAGGAGUUGGCUAAAAUCGACAUCAUCAGGGACCUGUCCGACCAAGAUGGCUCACUGGCAUCCUUUGCUCCCCGUAGCCCUACAGGAGUAUGAAAGCCUGCAGAGGAAGCACGAGACGGCAGCCAUGGAGUGCAAGAGGCUGGAGGAGGAGAGAAACAAGGCGGUCAAGGAGCUCAACGAGAUCCAGCAAGUGUCUCAGUUGGUCAUCGAAGAGGUCAGCGUCAUCCAGGAGAACCUGGAGAUCGAGAGGACGUGUAGAGAAAGUGCUGAAGCCCUAGCCUCCAAGCUGAACCGUCAGAACCGCUCUCUGAAGAGGAAGAGCAUGAUGUUGCUGUCCCACCUCAGCCCGAACGCCAUCGCUGAGAUCAACCUUGAGGAUGAUGAAGAGGAGGAGGAGGAGGAGGAUGGCAAAGACCUAAAUGUGGCCAGCAAGGUCUGCCUCUCCCCGCAGUGCCACACCACCAUCUCAGAGCUACAGAGUAAGUUGGAGUUGACGCUAAAGGAGAAACGUCAAGCAGAAACUGAUCUCGAGGCAAUAAGAGACCAACUGAGGGAAACCAGGGAAGAACUGCUGAAGGAGAAAAACGACAACACCGUUUUAAUUGCUGAGACGUUGAAGCAGAAGAAGCUGCUGGGGAAAUACAACAGAGUGUCUCAGUUUGCUGUGGAGGAAUACAAGGCUUUACAGGACACCUUGAGCCUGGAGCAGAAUCUGAGGACAGAGGCAGAGAACUUUGGCCGAGCGAUGAUGAUCGAGAAAAAGAAGCUGCAGAGACAGAGUCAGAUCCUGAUGCAGAGCUCCUCGCCCAGCCACGCGCUACAGGAAGCUCUGACCCAGGUCACCAGUCUGACCCGGGACCUAGAGACGCAGAGGCUGGGCCACCAGAACCAGAUAAAGCAGCUGGAGGACAGGCUGAGUAGCUGUGAGGCUCAGAGGGAGCUGACGGCAUUGAGGCGCAAACUGGACCUUGUGGAGGAGGAGAAGAGGGAAUACAGUGACAAAUGCUCCAAAACUGAAGUGGAGGUCAAGGAUCUGCGGUUUACAGUUGAGGAGCUCCAGAAGAAGCUGCAGGCAGUUACCAACCCGCCCCCAGCCCCAGCACCUCCGCCCCCACCACCACCUCCACCUCCUCCGGCCCCGGCUCCGUCCUCCAACCCGCUCAGCUCGCUGUUGUCGUUGAUCCGAAAGAGAAGGGACAUCUGUACUGACAUCCCACUAGAGGUCCAGGACUCACCAGAUGCGGACGUCCGGCAGCAGGCGGUGGAUGAAAUGAUGCAGAGGAUCAAGAGAGGCGUUCAGCUUCGACCAGUCAGCCAGGCCACUAACAGAACCAGGAGACAGAUGCAGAGGCUGCCCUCUAAUACCGCCAUUCAGGAACUUAAAGGAAUCAUGGAGAAUUUCAAUAGAUCCUCCCCUCGACCUAAGGCAGCACCUCCGCCGACAAGCCGCGACGAGGAGCUGCAGAGGAUCCUGCUGCGGCGGCGGGACGCGGUGGACAGCCAACACGACGCCAGUCUCCAGUCCAUCCUCUCCCCGGCAGUGUGAAGGCUGCAGCCAGGCCCCGAAAUACAGACGUACAGGAAGUGGAGUGAUGGAAGAUCCCAUCAUGCGGAAUCGAUGCCUUGCUUUUUAUUUUACUGUCUGUUUGGGCCGUGCGAUGUACUUUGCGUUCUUCAAACACAACACGGAUGAAGGUAGGAAAUCUGCAUGAAGGCAACACGAACAAACACGGGUGUGAGUGAACGUGACACAACAGAAGAAGAGAGUUUGACCAGCCGAGACGAAACAAGGAGCUCGUACCUAACACAGGAACUGCUUCUGACACGUGGAAGUGCACUAACAUAUUUUAUGACCUACAUAAGAAUCCUGUCCAGCAGUACGGAGAGAGUCCACGGAUCAGAGCCUCAACAGUACCGUUGAGAUCUCAAAACAAUCCCCAGACUCUGGCUGCAUCCACAUUACUAUGUUUUAGUUUUUAAAAUCAGUACAUGUUGCUGCGUUCACGCCUAUCGUCCACGCUGCCUCGGAGUUUUCAAGCGUCUAAAAUGGAGAAGUUUACUAAUUUUCAACAUUUUUGUUUAAUCGUUGGUAGUAUUUUCUGUCACUAAGCAACCAACUGCAGAGUAGAUGAUGUACUUCCUGUUUACAACGCUCAUAGAGACAGAGACCGAUUUUGUUUUAUAACACUGAUUUAAAAUGGAAACGCAGUCGUAUGGAUGUAACCUCAGAGACAACAGCUGCUGGUGCAACUUCACAUCUGUGAAAAAACGUUAAGUGAAAGAUUUUUCACUUUGUCAUCUGUGAAGACGUUACUCACACAGUCAAGAGAACGUCUGAGUAACAACAUGGAUAUGACACGACAUCUGUCAAAGGAUUGUGGUCAUAUCGCAUGACCUAAACCAUUCGUUUACAUUUAAAACCGUUGGACUAACAGGGAAGUUGGUGAAACAGUCAAGACUGGUCCUACGUGAAGUUCCACCUCAGGCGAAGACCAAUCGGAGCAGACGUGCAGGUUGAGAUCGGAGCCGGAGGUUGAGUAGCGCGUGGGUUGCGAGCACAAACGUUUCAUUGAUUUACACUAAGGUCGUUCGAUUUCAUUGACUUGAAUGGCGCGUGUGACAAAGCCACCUUUUCUGGGUUCACUCAGCUCCUUUUUCUCGUGCUGAAGGGAAAAGCCCAGUUCAUUGUUUGGCGGUGCGAGGAACAGCGGAGCAGGUUUUGCAGCCUUGAGCUUUUGCCAAAGCCGCGUACGUCUCUGGAUGGUUCUGUCUAGACAAGUGUUAACCUUGUAGCCACCCAGUGAGCAAUUACAGGCCACUGGGGCAGAUUUGGUUUCCACUUCUCCCCUCACUCACUCACACUUAGACCCCGCAGCCAUCUUAGGCCACCAUUUUAUGUAGGGCCCUGCCUCCUCCCUGCAGCGUACCACCUGUUCUACCUUCAGCCUUCGGACAUGUCACUUCGAGGAUACUCAGAUUUUUAUUGUAUUUUUUUAAAAAUAAUCUUUUCACUGUUGAUCUUAAACAGACACGCUUUAAACAUUGGUACAGGUACCAGUGAUUCGGGAGGACACUUUGAAUAGAGGUUUAGUCCCAUUAGGGAUGUUCAGAUUCCAAUAAAGUUCCUGGAAAGUUGUCACAAGUGCUCAUUCAUGAGGAAUACAUAUUUCGAUUAAUUUGAUUCAGCAGAACGGCACGGUGGCCCUGAAGUACAAAUGUCACAAUGAAAAAUGGGGGGAAAUGACAGCACAUUGUUUGUAAUUUGCUGCUGAUUUUUUCUUUAUUUGUCAUUUUGUUUUGUUAGUCUCUGUUGUGUUUUCUUAUUUUGGAUUUGCACUUCAGGGCGACCGUAGAACAGAUUUCUGGCACAUCCACUACGUUCAAGUUCCUCGAAGACGUUUUCACAAUGAAGUUCUUCUUCAAUAUUGUCAAAAAUUUUGCCAACUUUAUUGGCAGAUCUUUCUUUUUUUUUGUUCUCAUUCUCAAACUUCCUGUAAAAUCAAGUGACAAAAAGAGAAAUGUGUUGUUUUGCAGUUUAAGUUUCGUCUCUGUCGGCUCUCCUCCGUCUUUGUGCGACUCAUAAAUCAGCCACUCUGUCUCCUGUGAUUUCUAAAGUCCAAACCUGAUCCAGAUCAGAACCAAAGUCUGGUUGUAACUUUCUCCAUUUUCACUUCACUAUGGUUUACAGACACGUCUGAUGUGCUUAAGCCCGUUUUACUAUGUUUGAAUUUUGUUAGAAUGAUUUCUGCAGCACUGCGUUCUGGUGUACUGAGAAACUUCUGUGUUUGUGUUUGAAUCCGAGUAAAUAAAACCAACCUUGAUGUUUACACAGUCAA